AUGUCGCGUAAUCCUGCUGCCGGGCUCGAAAACACGCUGUUUCAAUUGAAGUUCACGUCGAAACAACUGGCGAAACAGGCUCAAAAAGCGGCCAAAGAGGAGAAACAGGAGGCGAACAAAUUGAAAAAAGCACUCAACGAAAGCGAAGAAAUAGCUCGUCUUUAUGCCUCUAAUUCGGUCCGCAAGCGUAACGAACGCCUCCAGCUAUUGAAAUUGGCUUCCAGAGUCGACUCUGUGGCGUCCAGGGUCCAAACUGCCGUUACCAUGCGCCAAGUCUCUGGAAGCAUGGCACAAGUGUGUCGUGGCAUGGACAAAGCGCUUCAGAGUAUGAAUUUGCAGCAAAUAACAAUGAUCAUGGACAAAUUCGAGCAACAGUUUGAAGAUUUAGACACGAGUGUUAACGUUUACGAAGAUAUGGGAGCCAAUUCUGAUGCAGUAGUGGUGGACAACGAUAGGGUUGACGAGCUCAUGAAUAAAGUUGCCGAUGAAAAUGGUCUGGAGUUGAAACAGUCGGCCGCGUUGCAGGAUGUGACAGAAGUCCCAACAAAAACAGACACAGUAUCCGACGAGAAGGAGCAGAAAUUGGCGCAGAGAUUGAAAGCAUUACGCGGAUAA